AUGCCAAGAGUGAUAGUGGUAGGAGGACCAGCUGGUACAGGAAAGACAACACAGGGAGAAUUGUUAGCCAAAAACUUCAAUUGUCCAUUCAUAGAGGGUGAUGCCCUUCAUCCGAAAGAAAAUAUUGAUAAAAUGUCCCGAGGGGAACCUUUAACAGAUGAAGAUAGAUGGGGUUGGCUCAAAAAAUUAUCACAAGUUGCAAGUGAAAAAGCGAUAGAAGAUGAAUCCAAAAUCGCAGUUGUAUCAUGUUCAAUGUUGAAAAAAAGUUAUCGAGAUUUUAUAAAACAGAAUUCAAUUGGUGAGAAUUUGACAUUUAGAUUCGUUUUCCUUUAUACCACUUUUGAAGAAUUGAUGAAAAGAGUAGGUAGUAGAAAGGGUCAUUUCAUGAAAUCUGACAUGGUUAAAUCACAAUAUGAUAUAAUGGAGAUCCCAAAAACUAAUGAACUAUUGAAAAAUGGGGGAGAAUCUGCAAGUAUUGAUACUACCAAUAAAUCUCCUGAUGUAAUAGAAAAAGAAAUAUUGAGCAAUUUGAAUAGUUGA